CUUUCAACGCCAGGAGAAAGUUCUGCUGGAUUUCGACAAGCUCAAACUGAAGAAGAAUCAUCUUCCUGCUUUUCGAAAGACCUGGGCAGAAUUGGAGACCGAUACUAGGAUGAGAAUACUGCAGCAGUAUGGGCUUCCUCAGAUUCAGAACUCUGCCAUAUAUGCUUACUUGCAUGGGCUUUGCGGUGAUCGGUCGCGGAUCGACUUACGUUUUACAUGUCCGGCACUUAACUGCGUUGAUCUCGCGGAGAGUGAUAACCUGCCAUCUUUGCUCGAGAUGCGCUGUCAACUGUCGCCCCAACAUUUCCGUCAUUCAGAUGGCCGCCACUUGCUCCUCAGCGUUUGGGCAGGGCAUACGAUCCCCAUCAUGGUGGAAGGCGUAUCAUUCUUGGUCUUCCACGACAGAUCCUCCGACACGGUAGAGGGACUUCAGUUGUACGGUGAUCCUGUCACGGAGGUCGCAGAGGACGAGACUCUGCUGCAAAUCAGCUCUAAGACAAUGAGUCCCAACGUGUUAUUCUGGCAGCUCCAAGGACAAAGAGAGAUCUACCAAUUCUUGGGCAGCGUUGUAGAUACGAUGCACGACACGGCGGAAGACGAUGUCAGGCCAGUCGUCCAGGAUUACGAUAGUGGCAUGGAAGAAAGCUCCCUCGCACGCCCUUCCCGUUCAAGAUACAGCCAUGCCACGAGCAUAAAUCUAGAGUAUCUGGAGCAUGUCAUCAGAACAUCACUCGACGAAGCGAAAGAUCAUCUGUGGCAGGUUCGUCGAGACGUCGCCUCCUGGAGUAGCACCAGAAAGAAAAUGGCUCAAGGCAGCGGCUCCAAAGAGCUGUUAAUUAUGCUUUUCAGCCGCAUCGACAUCUUGGAUACCCUGGACCAGCUCAUCAGAACCGCUUGACAAAAGGCAGGGAGAUCUCUACUGACUGACGCGAACGAUGACACUAUGAAGACCGCAGCGUUCCUGGACAGCGCUUUUCAUGCCGCCUUUGAAGAGAGAUCAAUUCACUUUCAAUGGAUUGUGCCACCGCCACCGGGAUCCCUCACCGAAGCUGGCCAUCAGCUCUUGGAUCUAAUCAGAGAGGACGACCCGGUCCUCCGUUGUAUGGG